AUGACUGAACCUACCUUACUUGAGACUAUUAACUAUAGUAGCAUUACCCCGUCCACAUCUGUUACUAGCCAUAAUAAUAUAGACAAAGAAACCAAUAAUGACAGAGUUUCAAUUUCUCCGAACCUGUCAUUUGCUGAUAGUAACGUUCAAGACUUAAGUCAUGAAAUUGGCAGUCAAAAUAUGGAUUUACAUGAAACCUAUGUUCAAGAUGUUGCGAAUAAUAUAGAAGAUGGAAGCAACCACGAAUGCUUAGUUCCUUAUGAUAUUCAUUCUGACUCUAUGUCUGAUAGCGAUUAUCGAGAUAAAAGUAAAAAAAGAAAGAAAAGAGCUCAAAUGCAAAAGUCUAAUUGGUUUGCAGAAAAAAAUAGAAAGUUAAGAGAAUCUGGAAAAAAAUAUUAUGGCAGAAAAAAGGAAGAAAUGUGGAAUAUUGAAAUUCCGAAAGAACCACGAAUAAUAAAACAAAGGUGUAAAUGUAAACAAACUGAACAUGGGACUAUUAAGUGUUCAAGUUUUACAGAGGAAGACAGGAAAUAA